AUGGCAUCAACUUUAGCCGCCUUAUGUCUACACGAAAUAUUCAAAAACUUUUCCACUGUGGAAGCAGAGACUCUCAACACCGAUUCCAAGCAAGGAUUCAAGAGCAUGUUAAAGGCCAAAAAUUUAACGCUCGAUACCAGUUCCAAUCAUUACAAUUACGAAGACGAAAUCUACAAUAACAGACGUCAAUUAUUUUAUUGCGCUCUUGUGAAUCGUCAUUGGUGUUAUAACGCGAUCCCGGUAUUAUGGAAACGACCGUUUCCUUUAUCAUCGGGUGCAUCGUUUGUUGCUACACUUUUGAGUUGUUUUGAUGAGAAUGAAUCAAGACCAUUGUUUCGAUAUAAUUUAUUUCUUAAACAAUUGUCUUUGGAAUCUUUAUUCGGUGCUAUCGUGCAAUGGUUAAAAUUAAAAUGGCAUGAGAAUCAACAACGAAACUGGGGAAAAGAUAGUGGAGAUGCAAUUUCGAUGAAAUUACCAAUAAUUCCUGAUAUAUGGAAAUCUCUCUGCCAUAAUUUGAUUGAUAGUUCAACGACGAUUUUAUUCGAGCUUGAUUAUGAGUAUGACAAAGUCAGUUUAUUGUAUAAAUACGAAUUUUCUGAGAAUGAGCGGAAUAUUUUUCAGCUGCCAAAUGCAAAGACUUCACUCGGUCAAUUGCGUCACUUAAAAAUCUCGACCAAUGGAGACGUUCAACUUUUAGAAUCUGCUACCAAGAUCUGUCCCAAUCUUUCCUCUCUCGAAAUAAAUUCUUUCUCGUCGACCUGGUUAAGCAGUAUUUCCAGAGAAUAUCCACAAUAUCGCAAACUACUCUCAUAUUUUGACGUUUUUAAAAAUCUGAAAUCACUAAAACUCGAUUGUGGACAAUACACAUCAACCAUUCACGGAAACGAAUUUUUAACCGAGCUUGGUAAAAAGUUACCGAAAACGUUGGAAUUUCUGAUCAUCGAUGGAGAUUUAAACUUUUCAGUGGAUUCGUUGAAACGAUUCUUACACGGUGCUAGAGAGAUAUAUUUCAAAUUUUUGGGAUUCCCACAUUCAGAAUGUUUUUCUGAUGAACAUAUGGAAGUCAUUUUGGAAGCAGUUCAAGAUCCACAGUUGAACAUUGGUGUUCAGAAACUUGAUCUUUCUGAAGCGAGAUUUUUAACGAGAAAUAAUGUGGAAAAUUUAAGAAAGCAUGGAAUCGAAGUAAAAGUGGAUAGUUUAUGGGAUGAAGUAGAAUGGGAGCAGAUAAGAUUCAAUGCACUCGAACUCGAAUCAUUUUCAAAUAUAUCGAUAUUUUAA